AUGGCUGAUCAACCCUUAACAACCUCGCACCGCCUAUCAAGCCAAUCUCCUAUCGGUUAUGCCGCUGAUCCACAGCCUAGAAGUCCUAGUAGUACCACGGACUCCAACAGCUCUAGUGUCUCUGGGCCCAAUCACAAGACUCGCCUCUCUAACUCAGAAAAUAAAAAUGACAGAUCCAAAAUCAUGCUUCGCUGCAAGGAGAUGGCUCUCGGAAAGGCAGAGCUUGACCACAAGCUUCAGAUAUUUCAGCUCCGGUCCAGCUUUAAUAAGGCCGAGCUCGAGCACAGGCCCCAGAAGAUCCGGUCAGAGGGCAUCUAUCAUAAAAGCGAGCGUGAGCUCAAGGUACACAAUGAGGGGAUUUCGGAUGGUGCGGGUCAAUUGAUAGGAGGCAUAGGGUGUUUUAUGCUCGCUGUGCUCUUUAUGGUGAGCAAGGCGCUGUCGGCUGCAGCUGCGCCUAAGUAG